CGUACCCGCUCCAACGUGUCCAGGUUGGCGGCUCCGGAGCUCGGCCCCCUGGAUGCGCAGGGUUAAGGCUCCAGAGGGCCGGGAGCGGGGAGCCCCGAGUUGGGAGCCGAGUCCUGGGGUGCGCCCGGGACGCGAUCCCGAUGACUGAGCUCCAGCAAGAGGUGGAGGACGCCAAGCCCGCCAAAGUGCUCGGCAAGAGAGAAGGCAAAGUUGGCCCGGCCCACUCGGAGGCCGAGAAUGGUGUGGAAGACAGAAGGAAGAGCAGCAAGUCGCCAACAGCGCAGUCCCCUACCUCAUCGGUGGAGGCCGAGUCCCCAGAUCAGAAGAGAAGCCUCGGCCUGUGGUCAAAAUCCAGUUUUGAUGGUUCCUCUUUGACGGGCGAUAAGAACGAGUGUAAAGCCGAGAGCAAGACCGACCCUAAGACUGAAAGAAAAAAGUCUUCGUCCUCCAGCCAGUACAAGGCCAACAUGCACUUUCACAAGCUAUUCCUUGACGUCCCAACUGAAGAGCCGCUGAGGCAAAGCUUUACCUGUGCCCUCCAGAAAGAAAUCCUGUACCAAGGCAAGCUCUUCGUGUCGGAGAACUGGAUUUGUUUCCAUUCCAAAGUCUUCGGAAAAGACACUAAGAUCUCUAUCCCCGCCUUCUCGGUCACCCUGAUAAAGAAAACCAAAACUGCCCUUCUGGUGCCAAAUGCCCUGAUCAUCGCGACAGUGACAGACAGGUACAUAUUCGUUUCCCUGCUCUCCAGAGACUCAACAUACAAACUGCUCAAAUCUGUGUGCGGACAUUUGGAGAACACCAGUGUCGGUAACAGCCCCAACCCGUCUUCUAUUGGAAAUAGUUUCGAGACAGUUCGCCCUUCGUCUCUGCCUCUGGAUUUCAAUGAUGAAUUCUCAGACUUGGAUGGAGUGGUUCGAAGACGAAGGCAAGACAUGGAAGGAUACAGCAGCUCCGGCUCCCAGACUCCAGAGUCCGAGAACUCCCGAGACUUCCACGUGACCGAGUCCCAGACAGUUCUGAACGUCACCAAGGGCGAAGCAAAACCACCUCGGACAGAUGCGCACGGGAACAGAGCGCCAGAUGGGAAAGCCAAGAGCCUGCCUGCGCAUGGCCCGUCAGAAGCUAUCGGUGUCUUGCAUAGCGUCAAGUCUCAGAAAUGCCCAACUCUCCGCCACAUUCUUAUAUUCUAUGCAGUUAUUGUCUGUGCACUGAUCAUCUCGACCUUCUACAUGAGACACAGAAUUAACACUCUGGAGGAGCGCCUGGGGUCCCUGACGUCCAUUGUGGAGCCCUACAAUACUGAGCAGCCAGUCCCAUCAGGACUGGGAUCACAAGUGCAGUUAAAUGUGGAGGCCCUUUGCCAAGAGCUUACAGCUAACAUAGUGAAAUUAGAAAAGAUACAAAACAACUUACAAAAGCUGCUUGAGAAUGGUGACUGAGUGACCAGAUCCUGGGGCCAACAUAAUACCUCAUGUUUUCCCUUGAAGAAGGUGCUUCCCGAGAGAGUCUGUUAUGCGCCCCCUGCUGGCCAGAGGCGCAAGAGACUGAGAAUCCAGCUGUGUUCGCGCUUGGAGGUCUCCAGCUCAGAAAGGGGGGAAAGGGAAUAAUUUUGCUUUUGUGCAAUAAAAGUUGACCUUGUCUCUGCUGCUGCCUGAAGAAAACAGACCCAUCUCGGAAGGUGAGCAAGGUUCUGGAGGACGCCUGUAGCGUCAGUAAACCCUGCACUCCAUGCUUUUCAGCCCUACCCAGCCUCCUCUUUGCUCCCUUCACGUCCCAACCAACCUUCAGACCUAAGACUCGAUACGGUCCUUUAAAGAAUUAGCCAUGCGCCUCCAACAAGGCACUGAAUAGCUCCAAACGAGCAGACUUGCUUCGAACCUCAAUGUUUUUGACUCUACCCCCCCCACCCCCGCUCUUUAUGUCCAGAUUUCUUUCAUCUGUGCGUUUCAGUUUCUCAGUUCCAUUUUGUAAGCACGUCUGAUAAAGUGAAUUAAAUGUUCCGUUUGUGUUCUGCUGUUUUGUUCCCCGGGUCUAGUACUUAAUCGGAGUGAUUCUCCCCUACCUCCGAUCAGGAAUCCUUGAGGUGGGAGACGGAAAUACUGAAUCAGAUUCGCUCUGAAACCAAAACUAAUCUUUAAGCCAAAAGUUGUGACCGUGAUUUUCUAUGCUAUGGAAAAGUACUGUUCUUAAGAUUGUAGUGGGCUACGGUGGCAGUGUGGAACCAGGAUGUCUGUGUUACUCCCUCAACUCCAUGGUAAUCGAACGCCCUCCUCCUACAAUAAAGCAAUAAGUGGUGGUUUUGCUAACUUUACUUACAGUAUGGGUUGGAUUUUUUUUUAUUAAUAAUUAUUUAGGGUACCGUAAGAUCUGUAAGUGUAAACCAUUCUCUCUGCAAUGCGUUUUAUAAUCAUUUCUGUGAAAUGUACUUUGUUUAAUCAGAUAAGCUAAUAAGUGGAGCGGUUACGUCCUUUGAACUUGUCAGCCCACUGGGUAACUGUGCCCGGUGCACGGGCUUUUAAUAAAUACUCAUUGGCUA